UAAUACUCUACUCUAAUAAGUAAAAUAAUAAACCAAACACUAAAAUAAUCACUAUAUAAUCAGUAAUCACUAAUCAUAUUAUUAAAACGUUUCAAAAUAUAUGACAGCGUUAAAUAGAUGCUUUUUUCAUUUAAUCUAUCAUAAUAUUAUCUGAAAAUUACUGCAAGCAUAAAUAAUAUACAUUACAUGAUAUGACAAAUAACGAUUUAUGAUCAAAAUUCAACAACAUUUUCUCUAGCUCUACUUCUUCAUCAACUAGCGUUGAAGGACGGUGAACGGUAUCUUCCACUGAUUUGCAUUGUAACCAUACAUUACGUGAAAUGGAAGGAAAGAAACAAAUUGAUUUAAAAAAAGAAUUCGGUCAUUAUGCAACCAAAUAUAAAAGUUUAAACCCGUUCAAUGAAAUAGACUCAAAAAAACUUCUCAAAGAAAGAUACAAACAAAAUUUGGAUGAUUCCAAACCUUUGGAAGACAAAGAACCAAUUAAAACUGUCACUGUGGACUUAUUCAAACAAAUUCCAUUAUUAGAAGAUAUAGAUUUGACUAAAUCAGAUCCUUUGUGUAAUAUGCCAAAACUAUCUGAAAAAGAAGCUGUUCGUAGAGUGAGGAAUAAAUUUAUACGACUACAGUUGUUAUAUGCACAAGAAUACAGAUAUUUGUUAUUUAAGUAUCGAGUAAAACGUAGAGAAUACUUAAUUAAUAAAAAAUGUGAUUCUGAAUCAUAUGGACAACUAAAUAAAUCAAAAUGGACUAAUGAUGAAGAAUAUGCCAAAUUCCGUAAGUUAAAACUAUUGGAACACUAUCAAAAAAUGACAAUAGGACAAGAGGCAGUAGUAUUUAAAACAGCAAUGGAUAGAAAAAUAAGAGCAACUUCAUUACUAAACAAUAAAGGAAAAUCACAUCUUCCACAUUGUACAUAUGUAGAAAUGGGUAUAAAAUGCACAGGAAAAAUGAUACCAAAAAGUAAGUAUUGUAAGAAACAUAUCCUCAAGGAUCCAAAGCAAAUUUUAUUCAGAGCCUGCAAUGUGCUUCAAAGUGAUAAUCAAUGCCAAGAGCCAAUUGUAAAUUUUGAUACAAAAUCUACGUGUGUUUUACAUGAAACAUUACCAAUGCUUCGAGAUUAAAUAUUUAUCUAUGUAUAUAUACACAACACAAAAUGUACUUCUAUUUAGGUCACCUACUGAAUAUAUUUUAAUUUAAUUCAUUUUUAAUACUGUAACUAAUAUAAGUUUUAUUUAACAAAUAUAAUUAAUGAGCUCAUGAUUACUUAGUUAUACAUAAACUAUGCUAUUAAAUAUUAGGUAUAUAAUAUGUAUCUUAGUACAUGGACAUUUAAGUAUAAUAAAAUCAACUUGCUAUUGAAUUAAAAUAAAAAUUAUUUGUCAUUAUAAUUUA